GUCAAGUGAAAUUAGGCUUCAUCAUGUGUCGUACGGUUUAGAAACUCCUCUCCUUUAUAGCCGCCUUUGUUUUUGCUGCAUGUUUACAUCCAACCUUAGCAAAACCAGUGAGCAUACUUUUUUUUUUUUCCAUCUUUUUAAAUUCCUUUUCAGUCUUUCUUUAUUCUUUUUGGGUGAAUAUUAGAUCAUUAGCUUGUAUUUACCUGCAUUUGUUUUUUUUUUUUUUUAUAAAUUCUGUCUGAGAUUCAGAGCUGGAAUUAAAGAAAAAAGCUUCUUUAAUCAUCAAUUUUGUUUGCUUUUGUGUGUAUGUUUUCUUCAAUAGUUGCAUGAUUCUGACCAAGCUGUGAAGUGAGUGUCGGUCUCUGUUCUUUUUUAAAUGGAAAACUUUCUUCUCUUUUCCCUCUCUCUUCUCCUCUUGAAUCCUCUGCUUCAUGGAGGAAUAGCCAUUGCUGGAAAAACAAAAGAUGGAUUAGAAGAAUGGGGAUAUGCUCGAGUCAGACCCAAAGCACACAUGUUUUGGUGGCUUUAUAGAAGUCCAAACAGAGUUGAGAAUCCCUCCAAGCCAUGGCCUAUCAUUCUCUGGCUACAGGGAGGACCUGGUGCAUCAGGUGUUUCUAUAGGGAAUUUCCAGGAGGUUGGUCCAUUGGACAUUGAUUUUAAACCUCGAAAUUCUACAUGGCUUCAAGUAGCUGAUCUCUUGUUUGUAGACAAUCCAGUUGGAACAGGAUUCAGUUUCGUGGAGGACAAAGAACUGUUGGUGAAAAGUGAUGUGGAGGCAGCAGCUGAUUUAACUAUAAUGUUGCAGAAGAUUUUUAAUAGAAAUAAGAGCCUGCAAAAGAGUCCUCUGUACAUUGUUGCAGAGUCUUAUGGAGGAAAAUAUGCAGUCACUCUUGCACUGUCUGCUCUAAAAGCCAUUGAAGCAGGGAAAUUGAAUCUUAAUCUUGGAGGAGUGGCAUUGGGUGACAGUUGGAUUUCUCCUGAAGAUUUUGUGCUUUCAUGGGGUCCUCUUCUGAAAGAUAUAUCGCGGCUAGACAAGAAAGAUUUUGAGAUUGUAGACAGUGUGGCCCAGAAGAUUAAGCAACAAAUCAGAGAAGGUCUCUAUGUUAAUGCAACGGGUUCUUGGAGUGAACUUGAAAAUUUGAUAGUCCAAAGAAGCGGCAAUGUGGAUUUUUAUAAUUUUAUGAUGGCUGAUGCAGUAUCUGAUUCAUCAUCCAUGGCAGCUUCAAGAACAAGGCAAUUAUCUAAGGAAAUUGCAUUGAAGAAAUACUCUAAAUAUCUAAAUUCUAUGAGGUCUAUUCCAGGUGAUAGUGAUAAUGAUGAUGAAGAAAGUGAUUUUAUAAGUAUAAUUAGAAAGAAACUCAAGAUUAUCCCUCAUGAUAUCACAUUCGGUCAACAGGAUGGUUUAGUUUUUGAUGCAUUGGCAGGUGAUUUUAUGAAAGCAAGAAUUAAAGAGGUUGAUGAGCUUUUAGCUAAAGGGAUAAAUGUGACUAUAUAUAAUGGGCAGCUUGAUCUGAUUUGUGCAACAAAGGGGACGGAAGCAUGGGUUGAGAAGCUUAAGUGGGAAGGGCUGCAGAACUUUCAAAGCAAGGACAGAAUUCCUUUAUUUUGUGGUAAAGACAGGCUUGUUAGAGGAUUCACCAAGUCAUACAAGAAUUUACACUUCUAUUGGAUUCUUGGAGCUGGCCAUUUUGUUCCAGUGGAUGAGCCCUGCAUUACAAUAAAGAUGAUAAGUGCCAUAACACAAUCGCCUGCAGUGCUAUCUAGUUAGAAAGUUGACAAGAAUUAGCAGCAAAACGAGGAGGGGGAAGCUAGAUUAGAUAUUAAGGAUAUUAAUUGCAUACACAUGAUGAUAUGCUAUUUCCAAUAAAAUUAAUUAAUUCCCUUCUUUUUGUUACUAUAUUUAUUCUUUUUCUUUGAAUUUAUUCAUUUUACUUACUUUAAUUUA